AUGGGCUUAGCACCACUCCUCGUAGAGCCUAAGCCAUUUGAAGAUCUCUACCUUUAUUUGGCAGUCUGUCCUCAUGUUGUUAGUUCCGUCUUGGUCCGUCGAGAAGGCUCGAAAGACCAGCUUAUUUAUUUCACCAGCCGCACCCUGCUGCCGUCACAAUCAAGAUAUCUGCCCCUGGAAAAGCUUACACUUGCUUUGAUCACAACCACUUGGAAGCUCCCCCCAUACUUCCAAGAGCACUCGAUCAUAGUCUUAACCGAGUUCCCCAUCAAGAACCUCCUCAGAAAAGCAAAUCUCUCAAGUCCGGAUCCAGGAAAGAUACCCAACGGGAAUGAGAUGUUAGGCCAGUUAAGGAAAAGAGUCCUAAAAGAACUAAGGAAAUCAACUGAUAAGGGAAUGAGAAUCCAAGAUAUCCAGGGUUUCCUAUGUGAGAUAGGGUUUUAUCUGGUAUGUGAUAUUAACUUUGGCAUCGGAGGGCCUUUGCCACAAGAGGCAAAGAGUAGGGAAGGAAGGACGGCCUCAAGAUCCACGAGAAGUAGUAAAUCCCAUCGAAGGGAAGAGUCGGUUGCACACUCAAAAAGUGUGCACUAUAGCGAAGAUCUCCUUGACAAGAAGAGGCAAGAAAUUGAAGGAUAUGCUCGUCUGAUGAAAAAACAAGAGUAUGAGAUCCGAAAGUUGGAACAAAUCUGGGAACACCCAGAGGACUCUGGACUUUCACAAAGAAACUCCAGGGAAAAUAGGUAUGCUAUGGUGAAACAUAAAAAGGCUCCUUCACGAGGAAGAAAGAGCAGGAGUAGAAGUCCCACCCCAAGGCGAUAUAGAGCUUCUUCACAAAAAGAGGGGAGCCGAACACAAGAGAGAUGGAGGGCUUCUUCACGGAAAAGAAGGAGCAGUAGCACAAGUCCCACUUCCAAGGAGGAUAAGACUAGGAUGCACCACCGAGAAAGGUACGAGAGACCUGAAUCCGAUUGGAAUAGGGCUGGGGCCCAUAAGACCAAGGAAUGA